GUCCGUCUCUACCAAGCGCAAGCAGAGAAAGCUCUCAGGAGCGGAGAACCCAACCACCACCACACCUCUCUCUCCCCCAAUCCGGCUUCCUUCCUCCUCCCCAUACGUCGUCGUCUUCGCACGCAGCUUCGCCAGGGAUCGAUUCGCCUUCGCGAGUCCUCUCCCGUCCGGAUCCAGGUUCAUGGUGUACAUAUGCGCGCGUGUUUACUGAUGCAUAUCACGAGCACCUGAUCCGGAUGUCCUGUCCUGUCCAGCAGACAGAUCUCCUGCUUCCUUCGAGUCCAGUUCAUGUAUGAACUGGAGCCCUUCGAGUCCAGUUUAUUUAUGAACUGGAGCCCAUAUUUCCUCCUUUCUCUGACACACUGAUAGAUAUAAAAGGGUGUUCUUGGAUUUAAAAGAACUAGAUAUCCAUGUCUCACCAGCAAAGGCACUACAACAGCUACGAACUCCACCCCACCCAGCCAGAUGUGCAGUGCCUGGUCUGCACGCGGCCUUUCACUCUGGACGCUGAGGUCACCGACAGCUUCGAAGCUCUAGCCAUAUGCAGGGAGUGCAAGAUGACCGUGCUCACUGACAGCAACAGCAACAGGGACGAGACUCCGAGAACUAACCGGCAGAGAAGAUGGCAAAGGCAAAGGUCCAGCAGGGUGACAGGGCAUGAGCCUCACACGGAGGAGGAUGCGUUCCCGCAGCAGUUCUCCCAGCUGAUCAACUUGGCUAGACAGGGUCAUGAGGCGGAUGCUGAUUCUCCGACAGUUCCGCCGCGCCAGCACGCGUCUUAUAGCUCUACGCCGAGCCGGUCCCAGAGAUGGCACACUUCGGAUGAUGAGAGUGAUGGUCUGAGUUAUGCUGAUUCCGUGUUUGGUGAGGUUGAGUUCGAGUCGAACAUCAGUUUUGGUGACGAGGGUGGGGAAUCGGAUACUUCUGUUGAUCGACACGCCAUGAUUGGGAGGGAAAUUGUCAUUCAGCUUGAGAAUGAGAGCUACAUGAACACAGAUACAGAUAUUGAUCCUAUGAAUGCUGGAAUUUACCAGUGGGAUUCGGAUGAUCCUGAAGACGAUGAUGAGGAUGAGCAGUCGGAAGAGUCUGAUUUGGAUGAAGGAGAUGACACCAUGCAGGAGCGCCGGCAGGAGUGGCAUGAUAUUGCCCCAAGUGGAUUGAAUGAGCAGGAAGCUGAAGGCGCUGCGUGGACUUGGAGAACAGCUGGAAGCCAAGGAGUAAACAGGACUGAUCUGAGAGCCGACAUUGAAGGGCGAGCAAUCAGGAGAGUUUUUAUUGGGAAUCCUGGAGAUUAUGUUGAUGCAAGACAGUUUGAAAUGCUUCUCGAGCAGUUUGCUGAGGAUAACAAUUCCAGAAGAGGAGCUCCACCUGCAGCGGCAACUUUCAUUGAAAAUCUUUCAUCUGUGGUCAUCUCCAAAAGGUAUGAGAGAAAUGGCGGUGUCACCUGUCCAGUCUGCAAAGAUGACAUGCCUAUCACCACUGUAGCAAAACAGCUACCAUGCAUGCAUCUAUAUCAUGCAUCUUGCAUCUUGCCAUGGCUUAGUUGUAGGAAUACAUGCCCAGUUUGCCGUUACGAGCUUCCUACAGAUGACCCAGAAUAUGAGAGGUCCAAGCAUGCCACAGUCAAUGAGGGAGGCAUCCAUGGGGUGGAGCAUAUCCAUCCGCAGGAGGCUAUUGAAGAAACUUAUGAGCCUGGGGUUGAUGGAAGUUCUAAUACAGGUGGUGAUACAAUGGAAGAGACUAAUACACGUGAACAUGCUGUUCCUACUGCACAGCAGCCAAAUGGAGCACAUGGGCGUCAUAGAUGGCUGUUUAUUGCAGCAGCUCCAGUUGUAAGUCUUGUCAGUUUAGCUCUAGUUUUGUGCUUCACCAACCCUGCUGGCAAUGUUAGAAGGCAAUUGUGCCGUAGAUCCCAAACUACCACUACGGCACAUGUAGACACAAGAAGAAGUUGGUGGUCUAUGUUCUAAGUAUUCAGUGCAUACCUGCUGAUACCAAAUUUCUGUGUUAUGGCAUGUGCUUGUUGCGAGUGUUGUGCUUGUGUAUGAAAAGGUUUAAGAUUAAUUUGGAGUUCCAACUUUGUGUCUGCCGACUUGAUCCACCAAGGUGUUCUUGUAACCAAGUUCAUACAGUUCAGCAAAACAAAUACUGAUGAUUGCUGCUGUUCAUUAAUAUUUUGUAUGUUUGGAUGCUCAGAUUGUAACUUCAAGCAUGUAACUAACACUCUGCUUGAAAGUUUACCCAUGCAUUCAUCAGUAAGUACCUAAAAUAUCUGUUGUCUUGUA